AUGCCUGACCGUCAGCGUGUCCAACCUGUACUAGCCUGCGCUAGGUGCUAUUCACUAAAGAAGAAGUGCGACAAGAAGUUGCCUUCUUGCUCUCGAUGCAUCAUAGCAGGUAAAGAGUGUGUAGGCAUCAACCGGCAUAGCCGCAAGAAAGUCCCACGAAGGUGCUCCACCCGUAUCUUAUUGUCGCGUUUGGCCGAGACUAAGACUGUUUGCAGUGUGCUCCAGUAUUUGGAGAAGCAAUUAGCUGAGACUGAGCAAGAGCAAAGAGGCUGGACAGAACCGCACUAUAUUCAAGUCGAGUCAGAAAGGACAGAGUUAAAGACAUCCAGUGUCUCUCAAACUAUUUACGCUCAAGCCCUCCAGACGAUAAGCAUCUCAAUACGCAGCUUGUAUACAACGAGCUGCGUGGGCAGUCACCCGGGUCUCCUCCACGAAUCCAAGUUAUUCUACCCGACAGAACGACCUCCUCACAAGGUUCCAGUACAUGGACUCUACUACGAACAUCUUGGAAAACGAGCAGGCCAUGACAAUGAGUCUCAAUUCUGGGGAAUCGAUGCCUUGCGAAUCCCUUUCGAAGUUGCAAGGCACAUCUUUGACAACUACGUGAAUACGAUCCUACCGCGAUAUCCAUGUUUUACCAGCGGUGAGCUAUGGCAUCACUUUGGGCAAGUUUAUUCUAGACAGACCAACGUCUCCAGAUCUCCAGAUAUCAGCCGUUUUAUUGUAUCGAUGGUGUUGGCAGUCAGCUGCCUCACCUCACGAUGUGAUGACUUCUCCAGAGUCGCGUCAAUGAGCGAGUCGCUUUACCGCGAUGCCAUGCGCCAUUGGACCUUCUUAAAGCACUCCAAUAUCAGAUCACUUCAGGGACUUCUUCUGUUGAUACAACUAGGUUUUCUGUUGCCAUAUAUCAAUAAUAUAUACUUCUUGGGUAGUGAAGCCGUACGCAUGGCCAUCGGACUAGGUCUUCAUCAAGAGGUAGAUCCUACCCAGGGACUCACUUCACGGGAUAUCCAACUAUGCCAGCUUCAAUCCGAGAUAUACGAGAUCAAAUUCUUCGACCGGGCUAUUCCAAACCAGUUUUCGAGUCACGCAGACUGGGUUCAGCACAUGGAAGAGCGCAUAAGAAGCAUGUUUAAUCUUUCAGCUUCCUCGGAUGGUAUCGUUCCGCAAUGGAUAGUCAGCACUGCACAUCAUAGUCAGAACUUGUUGCAUCGACCAUAUCCAGGAAAUAUGGCACCAAGUCAUGCUUCCUUAAUGGCCGCAACGACAAGCGCGAUCAGCCUGAUCAAUGGUUACCACAAAACUCUUCGGAAUACGAGAUUGACCUGGACUUUUGUGGUAGUUAACGAUGCGUUUCAAGCAGCAAUUGUACUACUGUACAUCUUCAGGAACUAUGGACACGUCGUCCGGGAAGCUUCUCUAGAAAAUGAGCUCCUUUCUGCAUUUGACAACUUUAUGGCGAUCCUUGAUACUGAGGCACAGAGGUGGCCAGUGAUUGCUAUCACCGGGUUGUAUAUUAGAGAUCUCCGAGAUGCCGUAUUUUCAAAUCAGCCAGGUUCGAUCGGCUCAGCAAAUGAUUUAAAGCUCCUUGCGGAGCUUGAAUUACUGCUCUCGCAACGUCGCAUUCGCAGUAUAUAUCAAGCAAACACUGAGGUCCAACAUGAAUUUCUAUCUGUAGAACCUUCGUCGUCUCACGAGUACUCUCAACAGCCAUUUACAGAUGAUAUUUGGCAGGAGUUCAUUGGAGCUCAAUUUGAUUUUGAGGAGGCAUACUCACUUAACUUUCUUGAAUCCCCUUGGCUAGGUCAACAACAGCAGACGAUUCUCACGAGCACCGCAGACGCUACCAACGAUAUACCAAUCCUAGAGCUUCCAAAAGACAUCAAGGAUGCCAUUGAUUCAAUGCCGUCUUGCAGCUUCUGUCGCGAUCAACAUAUUCGAUGCGAUCGUGAGCUUCCAUGCUGUGGUGCUUGUCACAAAUCGCGCCGGGAGUGCGUUUAUUAUGAUGUUAUAUUAUCGCAAGAAGUGCCCCGGAGAAUUACUGCGGCAAACCAACUUGUACCACCGCCUCAAAAUAUGCCUUCGACAUCUACACUUCCUACGAAGCCUGUCUCUAAAGCCUCCUCACAGCUAAUUUGGGGCAUCAAUCUCUUGAUCCCAGCUGUGACUACGUCCAAUCUCGUCUCCGGAAAGUCGCAAGACGAGCUCAUGUCCUCUAUACGGACCACAAAUCCGGAUUAUUUAUUCUUUGGCGUGUCAAGUCAUCUUGCUUCGAUAAAUCCAGUUAUGCUUCCGCUAGCAGAACACACCCCUGCAACUCUCGGACGCGAACCCAGUGCCAGAUCGAUCCUUGAUUCUAGCACAUCAACGGUCCAGGUCAGCCGCCCGGAUGCUUCGACCGCCUUGCGUCUGUUUGCGGUAUUUCACAGAUCAGUCCACGUGUGGUACCCCGUCAUGAAUGACGACUCUUUACAGGGCCUGCUCACAUAUUGCUACACCGAACCACUUGCUUCUUGCCUGGACCACAACCAGGAGCUGUUCUACUUGAUUCUCGCCAUAAGCAGCCAAUUAACGAAGAGGGCGGAGCACGGGGCAAGCUUCACACCGGCUGCAUACUUUGAAAAAGCCACUUCACAUGUCGACACCAGCUGUGAUCACUCGUCGGGUUCCAAUACUUUGCAUAUGAUGCAGAGAUCUCUGCUCAUGUGCAUAUACUUGCUCUUAAGCCCUGGUGGAGGCGAUAUUUGGAGGAAUCUUGGUUUUGCGAUUCGCCUCUACUUUGACAUGUCUCACGGCCGUUUCGAGAAUAUCAAUGGCCUGGAUGAAGGUCAUCUCACUAUGCUCGCUAGAACCUUGUAUUGCAUCGAGGGGAAAGUUACUACCGCAUUUGGUCGGCCAACGGUGUUGAUCACAGGAGAUAAAUUACGUGAUGAAUUGACUCAACCAAUCUGUAAUACCACGGAAGAACGCGUAUCUAUACAGUUCUACCGAAUCUCGACAAUGAAAAUGCAAUUACAAAGCCUCCUGCUCUCCGAGGCAUCCAUGCAGCGCAAUCUAGUUAAAUUGAAGGAAAGAUGUGAAAAGGUUCGAGAUGAACUACUCCACUGGCACCAAUCUUGGAAAAUGGACUUUAUGCCCGCUAUCACGAGCGACAUGCACGACUGGGGAGGAGCUGUCAAGUAUCUCGAGGCAUGGGCCAGCUUGCAAUACAAUGAAACUAUUCUCAUGCUCUCCAGGUUCUCAUCGGAAACGUCUGAAUAUGUUUUGAACGCUGUUCGAGAAAUUGUGUCUUGCUGUAGCCUCCUCGUCAGAGAGCAUCAACAUUCAUUUUGCGCUAUUCACGACCAUGAGAUGCGCCACCAGAUUCCGGUAUUCCCCACUGAUUGGACCAUUUCACACCUUCUUUUCUCUGCUGCGCUUCAUCUGCUCUCUUCAGAGAAGCGAGAUGCGGCGGAUCAUAAGGUUUGGGAACGAACGGUGCGAUCUUGCUUAGCAACUAUGGCGUUGAUGGAGGCUGAUCCGGCCAACUUGUCGAUGGGAUUCUCGGAGAUACUAGAAGGAUUGUACAGUCAAAUCUAA